AUGUCUUCUGCACUUCCCUCCUAUUCUCUUCGGGAUGUUUCGCAGCAUCGCACUUCGAAGGAUCUCUGGGUUGUCAUCGAAAAAGAGGUGUAUGAUCUGACCCAAUUUCAGGCCGAGCAUCCUGGAGGGGACCGAAUCCUACGAAAGGUCGCAGGAAAAGACGCUACAACCGAGUUCCUCGAGUCCCAUGAUGUCUCGAUCCUCGCUCGAUACCGGGAGAGAUUACAAGUCGGAGUGUUGAAGGAUACCCCAGAGGAUACCCCAGAGGAUACCCCAGAGCCACAGAAGGGCUUCCUCAGCAAACUGUUUGGAUUUUAG